GCCUUUCAAAAAUGGUUACAUUCACAACUUGCCUUCCAUACUGCAUUCGACCGCGAACCUUUCGCUCCAUGCGGCUUGUCGUCGCCCAUAAAAAUACGAUCGAUAUUCCAAAUUUAAAAGUUUAGUGUUAUUUAUUUUUAAUUUUGUGCCAGUGUGAAAAUGGUUCGUAAAAUUAGUGCGCUUUUGUGCUGUUUCUGCGUUUUCGGUAUAUCGCUGAGUGACAGCGCAAUAUCUACUGAUAGUGAGCAAAGAUGUCGGAAUCCACCCACAGCGCCGCAGAAGAUCGAACGAGUCAUCACACUGUGCCAAGAUGAAAUUAAACUAUCCAUUUUGAGAGAGGCCCUGGACGUGAUAAAGGAAGAACACACCAUGCCAGCUCAAAGGAAACGAAACAAGAGAGAAGUCCCCUUCACACACGAUGAGAAACGGAUCGCCGGAUGUCUACUGCAGUGCGUUUACCGAAAAGUGAAAGCGGUGGACGGCUUCGGAUUCCCAACUCUUGAGGGUUUGGUGGGAUUGUACUCCGAUGGCGUCAACGAACGUGGUUACUUCAUGGCCGUCCUUGAAGCGUCCCGGGAGUGCCUCAUGAAGAACCACGACAAAUUCUCCAGGACCACGCCUAUGGACAACGGACGCAACUGUGACAUAUCCUUCGACAUAUUCGAGUGUAUAUCGGAUCGUAUCGGCGAGUACUGUGGCAACGCGGGACUUUGAAUUCUCCAUCAGCUUUACUAACCCUGCACACAUUAUUAUAUGUCUUGCAGUUCUCUCACACAAUCGAUAUUGAAUUUGCAGCUUUACCUUUUGGACUUCUGAUAGAUAGUGACGAGUUACUACAGCCUUUAUAUUUCUCUAUAUAAUUAUCAGGAGGAAAAAAAAUGUUAAUGUUUGUAGUUCUUUCCUAUGUCCGGAAACAAUAUUACGUCAUAAUUAUUUCGUUUUACAAUUAAUUUUAGAAAUAUUUCUACUCAGUAUUAGGCCGGUGUCUGGAAUUUGUGCCCGAUAUUGCGAUAGACUCGCCCGUAUACAUUAUGGGACAGAAUACACACGUUGGAAAAUGGGUGCUCCUGUUACGCCUCUCCCUACCCCUUCAGGGAUAAAAGGCGUGAGUGUAUCAUGACAAAUUAUAACCCACACUGUAAAGCAAUCAAUGUGAGAGUCGGCGCGUAAUAAAUUCCUAAAAAAACAACCCUUGUUAUGACCGCUACAUCAAAUUUAACUUGUAUUUGUUACUACUCAGACAGAAAUAUUAUCAGCGAAUGCAAUUCACAAGUUAAUAACGUAUUUAAAUUGAAACUGUCCAAUAAAAUACAAACGUAAUGGUCUUGUUGUGCACGAACUCAUUAAAUCGAAAUUCUCUUAAAACAGAUCAUGCGAAGGGUCCGAAAAGUCGAAAUCAAUACAAGUCAAUUGGAAACGAUAAAAUUGGAAAUGUUAAACUUAAAUGAUGUUAUUAAAAGUCAAAGCAGAAAUGUUAAUUCGACAGCAGUUAACAAACAGACACUGAGUAUACUUAAUAUACUGAUAUUUGAAAGUGUGUGAGAGUCCAGCUUUCUUAAAGAUAAUUUUAGUUACCACCACAAUAAAAACCAUUAGAUAUCUUAUAAGAUAAUAGAGACAUGUUCUGGUGAUUAGCAAUUACGUUGUACAAAUUCCCUGGCGUAUAUCUUUUAUCUUACUUUUUCUCUCACAAACUAUUUCAACUUCUUUUAUAGACCAAUAGUUUUUAAUCGCCAAAAAAGGGGGUAUAUAGAAGAGGCAAGACUAUAAAUGUGCAUUCAGAAUUUUUUUUUAUACGUAAAUGACAUGAGCUAAAAUUUUCAUAAACGAUUAUUUAAUGAAUGACAAUACUUAAUUAUAAAUUAUAUGAAUUGAUUAGUGGACGCUAGAGAACCAAAAUUUGUAUCAAUAUAACUUUUGUUCAUAUAUUACCUAUUUUAUGGAUAAUUUCGAUAUUAUUAUUAUCAUAUGAAUCAGAUAAAGUUAUUACUUCAUUUUUGGUAAUUUUAAACUAGUGGUGAAUUCUUUUGUUUUAUGCUCCCUUUUUCAUUAAACUCUUCUAUUCUGAAAACAAUUUCUACUUCAAUACUAUACAAUAUACACGUUUAGCAUUUUACUAUUUUAUCUUUAGGUUUAAUUUGCUCUUUCUUUAUUGCUAUCAUAAUUUCUAACAACUAUGUCCUAUUAGUGACUUUAAAAUGAUGCAUCAAAUUAUCAGAAUAUGUCUCAAUGUAUAUACAGUGGAGAAUUAGUAAUAACUAUACUAAAUUGUGAUGCUCAAUAACUUUUAGAUAUUUUAUGUAUUUCUUCCAAAAUAGCAAUAUUACCUUUAGAUCACAUCUAUGUGACAUUGGCCUUCCUAGCAUAAUUUAUAUCCUAAGAAUACAUAAUUUGCUAUAAAAUACAAUAUCAAUAUUCAUAGUACCUUCAUAUCAAAUAAAUCUCUUUUAAAUUUUGACUAGCAGGACGACCUAUUAGUCUUACAUUUGAUGGAGAUUUAUUGAGAUAAUACUCAUAUAUGUACGUAUAUAAUUUGUAUAUUUUUAUAAAGGAAAUAAAUUCAGCUUUAUUCAUUUGCUUAUAAGGCUUAGCGGCCGAACUGUAUAUAUUUUAUUUAUACAAACACAUUCUCUUAGAGAAAUCUUAACGAACUGAUAGAUUAAUGUAGUUCUAAGUUUAUAUCUAAUAAAGCUCUGUAUAUACUU